GUGUCUCAGAGCUGCAGUUGCUAGAUCGCUACCGUUAACAUAAACAUCGAGUGAAUUGGAGGCUGCUGCUGAGCCAUCCCCGUAACCCUGUCAACAAACUGCCUCCAAUUAGUCCGGUGGAUCAUCAGGAGAGCUGAGGGAUGAGGAUGCCGCGAUGCCAGCACGUCGACGUCGUGUAGGCGAGUACCAGCCGCUAGAACCAGUAGCACCAGGUGUUUAUUCAGACACUAACACCCGACGACACCCUAGGCAGGACGGCGACGAAAACAACGACAAUGACAACGGCCUGAGCAACGCCACCACGAGCCGGACCAUCCUACCACCGACCAUGUCGUCGCGCGAUCGCAGCAACGAGUUUACCAAUGUCAUCCGGAGCAUACAGAGCAGAAACUCCCUCAGGGCCAGCCAGCCUGUGCACAGCUCGUCCACUGGGGCUGUGCCUAGGCAGCCCAAGCAACUCCAGAGCUAUUCCAACUUCAUGCUAGUUGCCAAAAGCAUUGGCAAGAACAUUGCCAGCACUUAUGCCAAGCUUGAAAAGCUUGCUUUGUUGGCCAAAAAGAAAUCUAUUUUUGAUGACAGGCAAAUGGAAAUUGAAGAACUGACAACAAUAAUAAAAACAGACCUAAGUAGUUUAAAUCAACAAAUUGCCAAAUUACAAGAUCUAGGUAGAAAACAGCGUGAAAUAUUUAGCUCUCAAAAGGGUCAUCAUAUUGCAUCACAUUCCUCAUCUGUUGUUGUGGCCUUACAAUCAAAACUUGCCAAUAUGUCUAAUCACUUUAAAAGCGUUUUAGAAGUGCGUUCUGAGAAAAUGAGGGAAGAGCAAAGUAGAAGAGAGCAGUAUUCCCAUGGACACGUUUCUACAAUGUUACCCCCUAGUGUUUCUGGAAAUCAAGGAUCCUUACUACUUCAACAAGAGUCUAGUGCUUCCGUUAGUAUAGAUUUGGAACCAGCUAUGGGACAAUUGAGUUUGCAACAAGCUGUGUAUGAUGAUACAGACUCUUACAUGCAAGCUCGAGCUGAAACUAUGCAAAAUAUUGAAUCUACCAUAGUUGAAUUAGGUGGAAUAUUUCAACAAUUGGCGUAUAUGGUUAAAGAGCAAGAGGAAAUGGUGGAAAGGAUAGAUAGUAAUAUUGAGGAUGCGGAAGUGAAUGUGAGUGCCGCGCAUGCCGAAAUUUUAAAGUAUUUCCAAUCAGUAACUAACAAUCGGUGGCUCAUGAUCAAGAUUUUUGGGAUUAUAAUAUUUUUCUUCAUAUUCUUUAUUGUUUUUAUGGCAUAAAAAUCAAGAAGCUACAUGUGUGUGCAAAAAGAAUGAAAAAAGUCGGGAUGAACGGGUGCAUUUGUUCAUCUUUUGUAAGAAACGUUUUUAUCGACUACUAAUGCACGUAUGACAUUAAAACUGGAAUGACUGUUUUACUCGGGUGUGGUUUCGUAAGAUAUAUUUAUAAAUAUUCCUCGUCGCAUUCCUUGACUCUUAGCACCAACCUAACUUUGUACUAUACGAAUUUGUAUAAAAUAGAAUGAAGGAUGUGCAUCAUGAAAAAAUUGUAUGAUUCUCGAUUUAUUGUUA